ACAUCGCGAUCAGUUCUUCAAUAAAAAAUGAAAGUUAUUCUGUGUGCUGUUGUUGUGCUAGUGGCCUGUGUCACAUUGGCCGUAAGUCAUACACAAACUUGGGGUAAACGUCUACGAGGUGAUCGACUUUUGUAUAAUCAAAUAUUUGUCACGCUUCCAAGACCCGGCACCGGUCAAAUACGGGGAAUACGUUUUCCCACCAGGGGCAAUUCAAAUAGCGCUCUCAUAUCCGAAAUAUAUAUUGUGGAUAAUUUCAAAAAUCAAACCGGUUUUGUGCCAAUCCUAAAGAGCGGUGGACCAGGCCGAGCUUUUGCCACCAUUGAAUUGCGGGGUUAUUAUGGCAAAGGUUUCAAUGGCACCAUCAGGAUUUUUGGAAAAUAAUUACCGAAGCAAUUUAUGUCAAAAAAAUUAAUAAUCAAUGGUACAAUUAAAAAAUUAAUUUUUGUUGUCAUAAAUAAACGAUUUAAAUGGUGUAUUAUUAGAAAAUUAAAAAAGAAAUCCAUGAAAUAUUUAAAAUGGAAUAAAUCCAAUAUUAGGUUGCCAAAGCUUUAAUAUUUACCUAGAAUAUUUAUCAGGUGUUGAUAUUAAAUUACUUGAAUUAUCAUCGCCUGGAUAAAAGGGUGAAUUGAGUUCAUUGUGCAGAGAUCGAUUAAAGGAGGAGCUGAGCUUGUAGUCGGCACAUUAUAUUAAUACCCGCUGCCAUAUGGCUAGAGAGACCAUAGCACAUGAUGCUGUUAAAAUCGUGUCUCAUGGAGAUAACGGUCUUAGACCAAAUCCGUUUCAGAAAUCAGAACAUCGCCAUAUAAUUAUCAAAGAGAGGUCGAGUUCAGAGAUGGACAAUAUCGGUCCAUUAUAAAACAUUAUCCAAGUGGAAAUUCUCAGUUAAUGCCACUACUACUACACUAGUGGACACUAUCCCCCAUUGCUUCUAGUACCUCCCCUACAAAGUGUCAUAUACAGGGUAAGAUGAAAAAUAUCACACUGCUGUCAUUUCUAAGGCACUGCUGUCAUUUCUAAGGCACACUCCGACAGCUGUUAAAAUUAUUCCAGUGACAGCUCAUAAUAUUGUUUACAAGCGUACAAAAGCAUUUUGUUCAGAACUUUCUAGAAAAACAGUUAUUCGUGAUUGAAUUUAAGCGUGAUAGUGUGAUUUUCUGGAAAACCAAAAUUGGCUGUCGUUAGAGCACACCAGCAUUUAAAUGUGAAUAAAUCUUUUGUGUCUUGUACCAUCGCUCGUUACCGUGCUACUGGUAGCAUAGCCCGACGUCAAUGAAUGGGACGAUAAAAUAA